ACAGAUAGCAACAUUUGAUUGUUUUGAUUUCCUUGUCUUAGGAGACCAUGGACAUUGAAGCAUACUUUGAAAGAAUUGGUUAUCAGAAGUCCACGAGCAAACUGGACUUGCAAACAUUAACUGAAAUCCUUCAGCAUCAGAUACGGGCUAUCCCUUUUGAGAACUUGAACAUCCAUUGUGGGAAAUCCAUGGAACUGAGCUUAGAGGCCACUUUUCAUCACAUUGUGAAGAAGAAGCGGGGUGGGUGGUGUCUUCAAGUCAAUCAUCUUCUUUAUUGGGCUCUGACCAUGAUAGGUUUUGAGGUCACAAUGUUAGGAGGAUGUGUUUAUAGCCCUCCAACCUGCAAAUAUAGCAACACUAUGAUUCACCUUCUACUACAGGUGACCAUCAGUGGCAAAAAAUACAUUGUAGAUAGUGCAUUCCCAUUUUCCUUCCAGAUGUGGGAGCCUCUGGAAUUGACAUCUGGAAAGGAUCAGCCUCAGGUGCCUGCCAUCUUCCACUUGACAGAAGAGAAUGGAAUUUGGUAUCUGGGACAAACUAAAAGACAAGAAUUUGUUCCAAACCAAGAAUUCAUUGAUUCUAAUUUUCUUGAGAAGAACAAACACAGAAAAAUCUACUCUUUUACUCUUGAACCUCGAACGAUUGAAGAUUUCCAGAACGUGAGUGCAUACUACCAGAAAUCGCCAACAUCUGUUAUGACAAACACAUCACUUUGCUCCCUGCAUACCCAAGAUGGGGUCCAUGGUUUAAUAGGCACCAUUCUUAUCCAUAAGAAAUUCAAUUAUAAGGACAAUGUAGAUCUGGUGGAGUUUAAAACUCUGAAGGAAGAAGAAAUAGAAGAAGUCCUGAAGUGUGUUUUUGGUAUUCACUUGGAGACAAAGCUUGUGCCCAAAUGUGGUAAUUGGUCUUUUACUAUUUAGAGUAAGAAAGGAAAAUGGUCUUCAAUGUUUCUAUAUGUACUUAUUCUUUCAUGUAAAAUAAUCAAAUUAUUCAAAUUAGGUGACAGAAUAAGAAGCCAUGAGUUAUUAGCACAAAGUUCUUCAAUGAUUAACUGGUAUCAUAUCAACAUCUGUCCCCUCCAUUACAUUAAGAAAAUCAUAGACAUACAAUUGCUUUUUCUGUAAGAUUAACCACUUAGGUAACUAAAUGACUUUUAAAUAAAUGUGCAAUUAAAAAUGUAAUCACAGUAAAAGUGCUUUAAUGAUAAUAUAGUUGUUUUGAUAUGUACUAUAAAACCCUCCAUGUUGACUCAUUGUUGAAUUCAUUCAAAGGUUAUAAUGGUAGUUAGGUAAAGUGAACAGUGCAAAGUUCAUGUUCCUCCAGCAAAGAUUCAGAUUCAUUUUUACAACAUGCCCUUAUAUGACAAAGGCAGAAACAGGGAAGAAUAAGAUUUAGUGUUGGUUACAAGUAAUUCUGAAAAUAAGAAUGAUACCAGUAGAAAGUACUGAGAGAUGAAAAGCCAUGAACUUGGCACAGCUGGUCAGGUCUCGCACAAUGGCCUUGGCAGUUUCAAUUCUGUAUUCAUGAUGUUUCUCAAAUUGUUACCAUUCAUAUUUAGAAUAUACUACUUCCAUUAAAAAGUUCAUAUAUAAAGUAGUAAUUAUACAUUAUAAAAUACAAAUCAGUUAGAAAACACAGCACGAAAGAAUACAGUUGACUAAAACAGUAAGAAUCAGAGAUUUUUUAAAAAAAGAGUAGCUAUAUUUUGAGUCUAGGUGAAUUUUCCACACUUUUGUCUUCUUCAAAUGUACUGUCUUAUCUAAGAAUCAG